AGUCAUCAAAGUAUCAAACUGUGCGUGAUUGCUUGUAUUUUGUUCUGUUUUCUGGGUGUUUUAUUGAACGAAACAUGGUGUCCUAUUUCACAAUCGACGCUACCGGCGAGGGGACAAAUUUUCAAAAGGAAAUUUCGAACAUGAUGCACGGAUUUGGAGACAAUCCCAACCCGAACGCUGCCACCGUGGUUCUUGUCGAAAACGUAGUUUUACAACAGCUCCGGACUAUGUUACAAGAGGCUUGGGCGCUAUGCAAUGCAAGAGGGGGAAAGGCUAUAUCUAACUAUGAUAUUAUUUAUUUAAUGCGGAAAAAUGUAAUAAAAUUGAAACGCUUGCAUGACUACCAAAUUAAGUUAGACACGGUAGAUAAAGGCAGGCAGGUUCCUUCAGGGACGACAGCGGAGACUCUCAACUCAUUAAUGUUAGAAGAUGAUAUCGAUCCUCAAAACAGAAAAAGACGGACACACAUAGACAUAAUAAAAGAAGUAGAUGAGUUUGAUGAAGUAAGCCAAAUCAAGUUUGACACUAUAGACUAUUUAAGAAAAGUAAGAGCUGCUAAAUUGACCGAGUCAAUGUCCUUCGAGAAAUAUGAAGCAUACCAUAAAGCUAGAUGUAGUUCUUUUCGGUCCGGGAAUCAAUUAGUAAAAGGUUACGCUAAAUUAGAACGGUGGAUAAACCCGAACAAAGAAUUGAAGAUUACAAUGUUCGCACUUGAAGUAUUAUGUUUCAUAGCAUAUGAAACGGUAGCAGAAAUAGUAGAUGCUGUAUUUCUGAUAAGGCAAGAUGCUAAAAAGAAGAAUGGUGAUCCAUUCAGUAAGUAUGAAGGUGGGCAUUUCUGCAACCCGUUAAGCUUAAACAAUGCGGUUUACAUCAAGUCUGGGUAUGAAGGAGUGCCGGCUAUUACAGUGGCAGAAGUCAGAGAAGCAUUGAGAAGAUAUUUCUCACCGAGGACUGGCAUGAAUGGGUUAUUUUAUAGAAACAUGUCAUUAGAUUUACCUACAAGGUAUCUAAUAUUGUAAUUAAAUACUUAUUGUAAGUGCUAGAUCCUCUAGCUGCCCAGAGGCCUAUACAGAGGCCUCUCCCAUUCCAUUUAAUUUUGAAUGUUUAUUUGCCAAAGCAAAUCAAACUUGCUAUUGCCUUGGCAUUUUUGAUGUGAUUAAAAUUGGAUAUGAUUAAAAUUUUAUUUUAAAUUGGGCUUCUGUGAAGUUGCAAUGCCAUACCAGUAUCUUAUUAAAUUAUGUAACUUGUUAGAGUAGAGAUGGAUUGGAAAUACUAUAAGAAUUGGUCAACAAAUCUGCACUACUUUGAAAAAAUCUUGUAUCUCGCACUGCUACUCAAAGUUAAAACACAGUAACUCUGUAUGCAUAUCAUACAUAUUUACCACAUUUUACAAGUUUUUAUUUAGUUUCACUUGACUGUUGUCUGU